GCGAUCUGAGUUUUAAAGGACCAGGUGUUGUAUAGCUUGCAACGCUCUUUCCCAAAAGUUGGCUUGCGGCUCAGGAGGUAGGACCUCAUGGCUCUGGCUCCCUGCACUCAGUUCAUUCCGUACCUCCUGCUUCUGCUCCAGCUGCCCAGCUGGACCGGGGCGGCGCCGACCGAUGCACACUUUCUUUGCUACAACUUCUCAUCUGGACAGCGAUCAUAUAAGAUUCAAGGCCAGGUGGAUGGGAGGACUUUUCUUCACUAUGAGAGCAAAAAUGUCACAGUCGUGGGUCACCUGGGAUUGAAAAUAAGCAGGACAGAGGAGUGGAAGGAUCAGAUGGAAACUCUGACAGAUGUGGCAGAUAACCUCAAACAGUUUCUGCCCAACAUUAACCGGGAGAAGAUCAGGGCUCCUCUCACCCUGCAGGCCCAGAUGUGUUGUUACCGUGAAGGAGAUGGAAAUACCACAGCAUUCUGGAAGUUUGGCUUUGACGGAUAUGUAUUCCUCGUCUUCGACCCCGUGAACAAGAAUUGGACAGAGGGGCAUCCAGGAUCCAGAAUAAUGAGAGAGAUAUGGGAGAAGAUCAGGGAUUUGAACAAGUUUUUCGAGAAUACUUCAAAAGGAGACUGCCAGAGAUGGCUUGAGAAGUUUUUGGGGCACUGGGAAGAUAUGUUAGAGCCAAAAGCACAAGUCACCAUGGCCUCAGCCAUAACCCAACCCAACGUAGCCAUCACGCCAAGCCCUGGGAUCCUCCUCGUGACCGUCGGCUGCUCAAUCCUGCUUGCAAAUGAAGGCUGAGUCCUUUAGCGUGAUGGGUUCUGCGGGCAGAACUGAGAGGGUGGCACAGGGCAGGGAGCCUGGUGUGAACACUUGGGGUAGGUGGAUGCUAGAGUGCUACCCCUCCCCCAGCCACUGAACCUUCUCAGCAUACAUAUGACACAUGGUAAAUACCACCUCUUACCACUUGAUAGCAAAGACAUGGGCUUACUCAGCCCUGAGUUUUGAUGAAUCAUUACUGCCAAAGGUCAGUGGAAUGGGAAAGGCCCAGACCUAGGCCUGGGAGCUGUUGCUACUAACGCAGCUUAGCAAAGUCAGGCUUGAUGCAGACCAAGGUCUCUGUUUAGGAGCAGCCCACCUGCUGGGAGUUGUGGAGACAGCAGGAACACAAGGCAUGGGCAGUACUGAAAGUUCAGUGAGGCCACAACCUGUUUCCUCUACAUGAUGGAAUCAAGAAUGAGUGGAUGGUAUCCAUCAAUCAACAAAAGAAGGGCCUGGAAUUACCCAAGAAAAAGGGGACUUACUGGAAAGGGCUUGGCAAGCCCAAUCCAAUAGACUUGAGUCAAUUUUGUAUUCUCACAGAGAAUGUUGUGGGUUGGUAGCAGAAAUCAAGGCAGAACCUGGUUCAGAACUAGGUUCUGAAGGAGGGAAUCCUGCCUCAGCCUUGGUGCAAAGCAUAUGGCAGCUGGUCUCAUGCCAGACUCCAGAUUUUGAGCCAGCUGAGUGCCUACCCAUGUGAAUAGAGUGGACUCAGGAGAAUGGUGGGGCAGAGCUACACCAGGAAUGGAUGGGGUGGAGGCAGGAACAUUCACAUUCAUAUCUGUGUGCUGCCACCAGGGCAAAGAGAGGCUGAGAGAGAAGGGGAAAGAAAGUUAUUUGCCUGCCAAUCUACCCAGGUUGGAGGACCCAGGAUGCAGGCCCCUCUUUUAGUACAGGGCUUCCUCCUGGUCCUGCAGGCCCUGCCGUGGAAGGAGAGACCAGGACCUGAGUAAGGGAGCAGAUGGAUUCACCCUUUGCUCCAGUCCUGAGCCCUAACCACCUGUAGCUAGGCCUGGCUGAUUCUGUUGAUGCAGAAAAAGAGGCAGGAGCCUGAUAGAGGGUGCAAGACACAAGGCAAGGGGGGACAGAAGGGAAGUACAUGGCCCUUAAUGGGGUAGGCUCUGAGAUGGGGAGAGAUCAGGGAGGAGUAGCCACAGAGAACUGACCCAGAAUCUCCUCAGCCACUUACACAAACACGUGUUUCCCUUCUAAAGGAAGAAGAUGCUGCUAAGAAGCCCUGUGAUCUGUGGUCUAGUUCGACCACUCUCCCUACUGGCCUGGCAGCUUCUGCAUCACCUGCUCUUCGUCUCUCAACCAUUAGGAGGGUCAGACCUUAGGGCAGAUCCAGAGCUACAGCAGGUCCUGAUGAUCCUGAAGAUGUAACAUUCCAUCGGUGACUAUCCCACCAUGCCCUUUUCCCAGUCUUAUUGUGCCUUUUUCUCUUGGUGCUACUGAAAGAAUGCACUGGACUUUCUAACUCUGUGAAUAAGAAAUCCCAACCAAGAGAACAUUUUCCAUCUUCACUCUGGUUGUGGAAAAUGGAGUUCUCAGAAUCCCCUCUGUAUCCUUGGGAUGGGCAACACCAGUUAAAGUACCGUGUGCAAGCUCAUCAUCUCAGAGAUUGUUUCCAUGUCCUGAGAAAGAAUCUCCCUUCUGUUAAAAAGAUCAAAAUUUUAUCCAUCAUUUAAUUCCUUUACUAACUGAUUAAACAAUAUUUAAAUAAAUGUCUCUAUUUUCUGAAAAAUUGAAUUACUUGCAAAUUUCGUCUUAAGUCUUACUAGACAAUUGUUAGUACUUCCUUCUUCCUCCACAAUGUGGGGAAAAGACUACCAGUGGUUCUGCUGGAAAUCAGUUUGGCACUUCUUUUAAAAGCUAAAAUUGAACUACCAUAUGAUCCAGCAAUCCUGCACCUUAGAAUAUAACCUAGAGCAGUAAGAGCCCUCACACAAACAGAUAUAUGCACACCCAUGUUUACUGCAGCACUGUUUACAAUAGCAAAGAGAUGGAAGCAACCAAAGGGCCCAUUAAUGGAUGAAUGGAUAAACAAAUUAUGGUAUAUUGACAUAAUGGAAUGCUAUGCAACAAUGAAGAACAACAAUGAAUCCGUGAAACAUCUCAUAACAUGGAGGAAUCUAAUAGGCAUUAUGCUGAGUGAAAUUAGUCAGUUGCCAAAGGAUAAAUAUUGUAUGAGACCACUAUUAUAAGAACUCAAGAAAAAGUUUAAACACAGGAGAAAAUAUUCUUUGAUGGU